UACCAGAAGGAAAACCGACCAUCACGGCGGCCCACAAUACCUCAGCGACGUCUAUUUAUCUGGCAUGGAAGCCGCCGAGUCGCGACACCAUACACGGCGAGUUCCUUGGGUAUCGCAUAGGAUAUCGGCGACGCGAGAAAGCGGAUGAGGAAAUGAAAAACAUCUACAUUCGCGAUCCUGCUGUCGACAAUCACAGUAUUCACAAUUUGGAUACCUUCACGCAGUACCUCGUCUCCCUGCAAGUAUUCAACCCCGAAGGUCACGGGCCCGCUUCCACGGUGACGGUGAUGACCGACGAGGGUGGUAAGUAA